UUCAAAAAAAUGCUUGGACGGGCGCUCGUCCGCUCCUUUGUCCAGCCGACGGCUGCGAUCACAACUCAACUAGCUGGCGUACAUCAUCACCAAGAAGCCACCGAUAUGAAGCGAUUUACGGGAGUUACGAGGUCCAACAAGGCAAAAGCCAACAGAAAUACGCACGUCAACGAGAAAUUGUUCAGAAGGAUGCGCGGCCGUAAAACCCUUCUAAUCGAGCUUCCCGAGGACUCGGCUCGCGAAAAAGAAGCCGAAAUGUCGCCCGGCGAAAUGCGUACAGAACUACUGAAACGGGGAAUUAAUCCGUAUAAAGAGGCACAGCCACGUGUGUGGAAUGAGGCACAAGUCACGUUUCAGUCGAUUUACGGAAUCGCCGAUCCCUAUGUCCCACCAGAAAAUCCUGGCUCAUUUACCGACGUUAAUAACAAAUUCGACGAGGUUAAGCAGCGAAUUCAACACAAAUUCUACAAUUGGCGUAUGGGAACGAAUCGAAUUCGCAAGAAGCAGGGAUUCGAGAAAUUUGAUAUUAAAACGUUUUGCGCAAAAGCCGAAGAUAUCUAUGUACAGGCUCACCGAGCAUUGGAACAGAGGGAUAAGACGGCAAUGUAUAAAUAUAUUACCGAAUACGCGUUUGCGAAAAUGUGGCCCGACGUUGAAAAUGGCUCCGUUCGUUUCGAGCUCAUUUCAGUGUUGGAACCGUCUCGAGUCGUUGCCGUUCGAUGUUUCGAUAAUCCGCCGAAAUCUGGAAAUGAUAUUGCACAGAUUACUGUACGAAUGCAUACACGACAGAAGCUUGCAGUUUAUGAUCGAUUUGGAGGGCUUUUAUUGGGCUCCGAGGACGAGGAGAAAGAUGUCGUCGAAUACGUAGUUUUUGAGAAUCAUAUUGCCGUAGUCGACGGAGAAUGGAGGCUUCACGGUAAAAUCUAUCCGAAAUGGAUUGACGCGAAACAGGGAAUGGUCGGUACACAGAUGCUCAGCGCGGAGCAAGUCGAAAAGCAGCACGCUGAGGCAAAAGCUCUUCCGUUGAGAACUACUGAGAAGUUGGAGGAGGCGAAGAAGGAGAAGGAGCAGCAGGAGAUUUGAUGCACCAUGUCGUUUUUUUUCGUUGUAGAUUUAUAGUAGUUUUUACACUGUUUUUGUUGGGAAAAUCGUGAAAAUUUGGAGUUUUUGAGCUAAAAAUGAGCAUUUUUGGGUUAAAAAUGACCAAUUUUCGAUGUAAAAUUCAAUUUUGGAGCUAAAAAUGAGCAUUUUUGAGGCAAAAUUGAGCUUUUUCGUCCUAAAAAUAAGAAUUUUGGCCUAAAAUUGAGUAUUUUUGACCUAAAAAUGGCCAAUUUUCGAUAUAAAAUUCAAUUUUUGACUUAAAAAUGAGCAUUUUUGAGCCAAAAUUGAGUAUUUUUUGACUUAAAAUUUAGUAAUUUUCAGUUAAAAAUGUGUAUUUUUAAACUGAAAAUGAGCGUUUUUGACUUAAAACUGGCCAUUUUUAUGUGAAACUGAAUUUUUCACCUUUUGAAAAUUGAAAAUCCCGAAAAUUUCGCAAUUUUUGACCUCAAAUUUCGAUUAUUUUUGGCUUUAAAUUCAAUUUUCGAAUAUUUUAUUAAAAAUUCUGAAUUUUUAGCCGAAAUUUUCGAAUUUUCGAGCUAAAAUUUGGAUUUCUAGCUGAAAAGUUGGAAUUUCAAUGGAAAAUUCGAAUUUUAAAACUAAAUUUCCAGUUUUCUAGCUUAAAAAUCAAUUUUUGGAGCAAAUUUUGCAUUUUUCAAGUCAAAAACGCGCAUUUUUCGAGUUUUGACGUUAAAAUGUAAAUUUUCGGCUUUAAAAAUGGCAAAUUUGCUCCAAAAAUUGAUUUUCAAGCUAGAAACCUGGAAAUUUAGUUUAAAAUUUUGAAUUUUCUAUUGAAAUGCCAAUUUUUCAGCUAGAAAUUCAAUUUUUGGCUCAAAAAUUUGAAUUUUCACUCAAAUUUUCAAUUCUUAACGUAAAAUUUUAGUUUUUUAUUCAAAAAUCCAUUUUUUUUUUGCCUAAAAAUUUGGAUUUUUCACGAUUUUCCCUGCAAAAAUGGUGUUUUAUAGGAUUUUUCUUUGUUAUUUUAUUGUUUUUAUUUUUUUUAUUUUCAAAUUGUUUGUUUCAACGCAAAAAUUAUUCAGAA